AUAACAGCUGUGUAUGCAGAAGGCAGACCCUUGCCACGAUACGCCAUUCGGGACAGGCCUGUUCUGAACCUUUAAAGAAUGGGGGAGUUGAGGCAGUUUGAUCAAGACUUCUACCAGUCUGAAUAUUACAUAGAUGACCAGACCCAAGAGCCAUGUGGCUAUGACACAGCACACACCAGUCCACAUUACCAAGAUGUAGUUUAUGCAUCUCCUACAUCAGACCCCUAUGCCCAAUCAGCGGAGCCACUUUACACUGGACAGAUGUUUCAACCUGCAGCUUCUCCUGGGGCUGCUGAGCACACUGACGCCUUUGAGGAAGAACCUCCACUGUUAGAGGAAUUGGGCAUUAACUUUGAUCACAUCUGGCAGAAGACUCUGACUGUUCUGAACCCGAUGAAGCCAGCGGAUGGUAGCAUCAUGAAUGAGACAGAUUUAACUGGUCCUGUUAUUUUCUGCAUCGCUUUGGGAGCGACUCUUUUGAUGGCAGGAAAAGUACACUUUGGCUACGUAUAUGGUAUCAGUGCCCUGGGCUGUGCGGGAAUGUACAUUCUGCUGAAUUUAAUGAGUGUAUACACAAUAUCCUAUGGCUGCGUAGCUAGUGUAUUAGGAUACUGCCUGCUCCCCAUGGUGGCUCUCUCUGCCUUCGCUGUCUUUUAUUCGCUACAAGGGGUUUUGGGCACACUGCUGGCCUUUUUUGUGAUUGGCUGGUGCAGUCUAUCAGCAUCUAAGAUCUUUACUUCUACACUGGAUAUGGGUGGACAGCAGCUGCUGGUGGCGUACCCAUGCACUCUGCUCUAUGGAGUCUUCGCCCUUCUCACCAUCUUUUGAUUAUCUAAAUAUAAAGCUUAGCUGAAACCCAGUUUAAGAUGACGAGCUAAAUUACUUGAACUGAUGCUUUACACAA